AUGGAGGGGGCGAGUAAGGAGAAGCUGUCAUCUGUGUCCAAUCUGGUGACUGUGUUUGAUAAUAGCAGGACCCCAGGAGCAGCACCCAGAGUCCAUGGCCUGGAGGCUGGGCAUCACCACCCUGAGUGCAGGCCUCCUUCACCCACAGGGCCAUGGGAUAAGCCCACCAUGGAGGAGGCCAUGGACUCCGGGCCCAGGACGGUCAGCAGGAGGUAUCUGAGCUCCCUGAAGAACAAGCUGUCCAUCAGGGACUGGAGGAAAUCUUGCCAGGCUAGGACCUGCCCCGGCCCAGGGACACAGGAGCCUGAGGAGAAGAGGGUCGUCCAGGAGCUGCUGGAGACAGAGCAGGCCUAUGUGGCACGCCUCCACCUGCUAGACCAGGUGUUCUUCCAGGAGCUGCUGAAGGAAGCCCGCAGCAGCAAGGCCUUCCCUGAGGAUGUGGUCAGGCUCAUCUUCUCCAACACCGCCUCCAUCUACCAGUUCCAUGCACAGUUCUUCCUCCCAGAGCUGCAGCGGCGGCUGGAUGACUGGACGACCACCCCCCGCAUUGGCGACGUGAUCCAGAAGCUGGCCCCCUUCCUGAAGAUGUACAGUGAGUAUGUCAAGAACUUUGAGCGAGCCGCCGAGCUGCUGGCCACCUGGACUGACAAGUCUCCACCCUUCCAGGAGGUUAUCACCCGCAUUCAGAGCAGCGAGGCCUCGGGCAGCCUGACCCUGCAGCACCACAUGCUGGAACCUGUGCAGAGAAUACCACGCUAUGAGCUGCUGCUCAAGGAGUAUGUCCAGAAGCUGCCAGCCCAGGCCCCAGACCUGGCUGAUGCCCAGAAAGCCCUUGACAUGAUCUUCUCAGCCGCUCAACACUCCAACGCAGCCAUCACUGAGAUGGAGCGGCUGCAGGAACUGUGGGAAGUGUACCAGCGCCUGGGCCUGGAGGACGACAUAAUAGACCCCUCCAACACCCUGCUGCGUGAGGGCCCUGUCCUCAAGAUCUCCUUCCGCCGCAUCGGCCCCAUGGAGCGCUACCUUUUCUUGUUCAACAACAUGCUGCUCUACUGUGUGCCCAGGGUCAUCCAGGUGGGCGCCCAAUUCCAGGUCAGGACCCGUAUCGAUGUGGCCAGCAUGAAGGUGCGGGAGCUGACUGACGCCGAGUUCCCCCACUCCUUCCUGGUGUCCGGGAAGCAGCGCACCCUGGAGCUGCAGGCCCGGUCCCAGGAGGAAAUGAUCUCCUGGUUGCAGGCCUGCCAAGCCGCCAUUGACCAAAUCGAGAAGCGGAAUGAAACCUUCAAAGCUGCGGUCCAGAGCCCUGAGGGAGACACCCAGGAGCAGGAGCUGCAGUCCGAGAAGCUGGGCCUCCGGGCACCGCAGUGGGUCCGUGACAAGAUGGUGACCAUGUGUAUGCGCUGCCAGGAGCCCUUCAACGCCCUGAUGCGCCGCCGCCACCACUGCCGGGCCUGCGGCUACGUGGUGUGUGCCAGGUGCUCCGACUACCGGGCUGAACUCAAAUACGAUGACAACAGGCCCAACCGAGUCUGCUUAGACUGCUAUGCGUUCCUCACCGGAAACGUGCUCCCUGAGGACAAGGAGGACAAGAGGCGUGGCAUCCUGGAGAAAGGAGCUGCGGCGGGGUCCGAGCAGAGCCUAAUGUGCAGCUUCCUACAGCUCCUUGGGGACAAGUGGGGCAAGAGUGGGUCCCGGGGCUGGUGCGUGAUCCCCCGGGAUGACCCCCUCGUGCUCUAUGUCUAUGCUGCCCCUCAGGACAUGCGGGCCCACACCUCCAUCCCCCUGCUGGGCUACCAGGUGACCGCUGGGCCCCAGGCGGACCCCCGGGUCUUCCAGCUGCAACAAUCAGGCCAGCUCUAUACCUUCAAGGCCGAAACCGAGGAGCUGAAGGAUCGCUGGGUGAAGGCCAUGGAGCGGGCGGCCAGCGGCUGGAGCCCCGGGGGGCCCAACGACAGGGACCUGUCUGACUGA